AUGGAGGGCCUUCACACAAAGUCUUUUACACCCCCACCACCGGUAGUACCACAAGGACCUCGAGACCAGUCGCCGUCGCCACCAUCAAGAAACAGGGGAAGAAGAAGGGGGCGAGGGGGCCGGAAAUCCGACCAAGGUGAAGUCUUUAAGCGGCCAAGCUCACGCCCAUGCACCGCAGCGGAUAAACCCGGAACCAGAGAAACGGGUCGGGUCAUGAUCGACCCGGUUUUACCAAACGGGUCGGGUACAAGUUUCCCUUGUUCAAGCAAGUCUUUGACUUUCCCAUCUAGGCCUGGUUUUGGGCAGCUUGGGACAAAAUGUAUUGUCAAGGCAAAUCAUUUCUUUGCUCAGUUGCCAGACAAAGACUUAAACCCAUAUGAUGUAACUAUUACCCCCGAAGUUGCAUCGAGGGUGGUAAAUCGAGCUAUAAUAGCGGAACUCGUGAAAGUAUACAAAGAAUCCGAUUUAGGGAAGAGAUUACCCGCGUAUGAUGGGCGGAAGAGUCUUUACACCGCAGGGGAACUUCCUUUUGCUCGGAAGGAGUUUAUUGUUAAGCUUGUAGACGAAGAAGACACUAUCAACGGCCCUAAGAGAGUGAGGGAAUACAAAGUAGCAAUCAAAUUUGUCGCACGUGCAAAUUUACAUCAUUUGGAGCAAUUUCUAGCUGGUAAACGAGCAGAUGGUCCAAAGGAGGCACUUCAAAUUCUCGACAUUGUAUUGAGAGAGCUCUCCGUGAAAAGAUUCUGUCCUGUCGGAAGAUCGUUUUUUUCUCCGGAUAUAAGGAAACCGCAAAGACUAGGUGACGGUUUGGAGGCGUGGUGUGGAUUCUACCAGAGCAUACGGCCCACUCAGAUGGGGCUGUCACUUAACAUAGAUAUGGCUUCGGCUGCAUUUAUUGAGGCUCUUCCCGUUAUUGAAUUCGUUGCUCAAUUAUUGGGGAAAGAUGUUUUGUCGAGGCCGUUAUCCGAUUCGGAUCGCAUUAAGGUUAAAAAAGCACUUAGAGGAGUAAAAGUUGAAGUGACUCAUAGAAGAGAUGUUCGAAGAAAAUAUCGAGUUUGCGGCAUUACGACUCAGCCCACUCGUGAGCUAGUAUUUCCGAAUUCCGGAAUCAAAAUCAGCGAAAAAAUGACAUCCGUCGAGGCCCCGAGUUCUCCCCCGCCUCCGUGGUUGAAAUAUCACGACACGGGAAAAGAAAAAGAUUGCUUGCCCCAAGUUGGCCAAUGGAAUAUGAUGAACAAGAAAAUGAUAAACGGCAUGAAUGUGAACCGUUGGGCAUGUAUUAACUUCUCACGGAGCGUACAAGAUAGCGUUGCUCGUGGAUUUUGCAAUGAGCUAGCUCAAAUGUGUCAAGUAUCGGGCAUGGAAUUUAAUCCGGAACCCGUCAUUCCAAUCUACAUCGCUCGGCCGGAUCAAGUCGAAAAAGCUUUGAAGCAUGUUUAUCAUGCAUGCACCAAUAAAUUAAAAGGAAAAGAAUUGGAGCUUUUGCUAGCUAUUUUGCCCGACAACAACGGCUCUCUAUACGGUGAUUUGAAGCGAAUAUGUGAAACCGAUCUUGGUAUAAUAUCCCAGUGUUGUCUCACGAAGCAUGUUUUCAAGAUCAACAAGCAAUAUCUUGCUAAUGUGUCCUUAAAAAUAAAUGUCAAGAUGGGUGGAAGAAAUACGGUUCUAUUGGAUGCAAUAAGCUGUAGAAUACCGCUGGUGAGUGAUAUACCUACGAUUAUAUUCGGAGCUGAUGUAACGCAUCCCGAAAACGGAGAGGAGUCGAGCCCAUCGAUAGCUGCUGUUGUAGCUUCUCAAGAUUGGCCCGAGGUGACAAAGUACGCGGGGUUGGUUUGUGCACAGGCGCAUAGACAAGAAUUGAUACAAGAUUUGUACAAGACUUGGCAAGAUCCUGUUCGUGGGACCGUGAGUGGCGGCAUGAUCAGGGAUCUUUUGGUUUCGUUUAGAAAAGCAACUGGACAAAAGCCACAGAGGAUAAUAUUUUACAGGUCGAUAUAAAUUUUUUUUAUUCGCUAUUUUUUAAUUGUCGAAAACCGGUAAAUAUUACGUGUAAUAAAUAUUUUUUUUAAUCUGACUG